AUGUUCUUCAGCACCAUUGUCUCGCUCGUUUUGGCGGCCUCCGCCUUUGCCUCCCCUCUCCUCGUCCCAGUCGAGCGACAGGUUCCUGUUGCUCCCGAGGGAUUCAACAUCACGAGCAUCGGUGUUAAUGGUAGUGGCUGCCCCGCUGGUACUGCUUAUUACGUCUUGAGUACUGACAGAACGGCGGUUACGGUAACUUUCAGCUCGUUCGCGGCGGAGGCGGGUCCCGGUAUCCCCAUCUCGAGCAACCGCAAGAGUUGUCAAGUCACUCUGGGCGUCCGUGUUCCAGGAGGAUUCUCCUUCGCUAUUGCUUCAGUCGACUACCGUGGCUACUACCAACUUGAUAGUGGCGUGACUGCGACUCAACAGGCCGUUUACUAUUUCCAAAGCCAGCUCGCCCAAGCCACCGCCCGUUCGACGCUCAAUGGCCCGAUCGCAGGAGCUGACUACACGUAUCGCGACUCUUUCGAUUUGGCCACCACGGUGCUCAGCCCCUGUGGAACAAACACCGUCCUCAACAUCAACAGCGCCCUCCAGGUCAGCAACAGCAGGAACACCAAGGGUUCUGGUUACAUUGCAACCGAUUCUAUCGACACCAAGUUGAACCAGACAUUCCAGUUCACCUUCUCCAAGUGCAAGUGA